AAUCCCUCUCUGGGCAUCUCUCCUGCUCCUCAGACCAGGCCUUUACCAUGAAGCAUCGCGUGCUGCUGUUGCUGGCGUUGGGCUGCGUGAACGUCCUCCACGCUGCACCGGUGGAGAAAGAUGGCCUGGAGCCGGGCUCAUGUGAAGAUGCCUUCGCUCUGAGCGCUGCAGAGCAGGCGCUAACCAAGAUCAACCGUGACCGUCAGGAGGGCUACAUCUUCAGCCUGCACCGCCUUUCUAAUGUGCACAUUGGAAAGCACGGAGAGACCGGCUUUGUCUUCUACCUGACUUUGGACAUCGUUGAAACUGAGUGCAGUGUUCUCAGUGGGAAGGAGUGGAAGUCCUGUGAAGCCCGUCCUGACUAUAACACACCAGUUUACGGCCAGUGCAAGGCUAUCAUCUACAUAAACAAGCCAAACAGAGUGGUCCGCCUCAUUAAAUACAACUGUGAUGCCAGACCAGCUCCUACUGCUAAGAUUAUCAGCACAUGUCCUGACUGUAAUGUACUGAGCGACGUGAAUGAUGAUAACAUUCAGAACACUGUGGCCACUACCCUGAAGAAGUUCAACAAUGAGAGCAAACUUAAAAAUCAUUUCACUCUGCUGAAAGUCAACCGUGCUACUACUGGAAUGGGCAUGGUAACAUUCUACAACACAGAAUACACCAUUCAGGAGACCGCCUGCUCUAAGGACAUUGAGGAAGUAACUGCUGAGAAGUGCCCCCCGAUGUCAUGCGAGUUUGCUCACAAGGGCUUCUGUAAGGGUUCUCACAUCAUCCCCUCUACCCAAGAGAGUGAGUUCACCGUGGAGUGUGAGAUCUAUGAGCCUGAGGCUGCAGAGAGAGAGAAGAAGCUCCACCUGCUGGGUGGAGAACAAGACCACAGCCACAAUGACUCACACACACACGGCCACGCACAUGACCACGACAGCCAUGUUCCUGACGAUAAACACUCACACCACCACACGCAUGACCACGUGCACGACCACACCAAGAGCCACGCCGAUCACGACAAAACACACCAACACGCUGACAACAGCCAACACCACCACACUCAUGACCACGACGCAGGCAGCACCCACAGGCACGCUCACGCUCAUUCCCAUGACCACGGUCACGGCCAUGAUCACGUACACGCCCACCACGCCAAAGCACAUGACCACAGCGGCGACUCACCAAAUCACCACCACGACUACAAGCAUGCCGACAGCCAGUUCACUCAUGAGCAUGAUCACGAGCUGGCCUUGGACCAUAACCACAAGCACGCACACCUGCACGAACACGAGCACCACCACCAUCACCAUGACCACAACCACGAGACAGACUACCACGACCAUCCCCACGGCCGGGUGACCAUACUGCCAGCUGUUGACCAGCCCAUGACCCUGCCCUUCUUUCCCGAAUUCCCUGAUCAUGGAAUCAUCCUGCCCGCUGUCCCCGACCCCCAAAUCCCUGGAGAGAUGAAGCCCACCAUCCUGGGCUUUCCAACAUCAGUCUCUGCUCAGUGCCCUAAACCACCGUCAACAGGCACCCUGGUGGAAGAGCUCUUCAAGGACGACCCAAAGUUUGCUGCUGCUGCAUAAAAUGUUACCUUUUUUUUCAGCGGAGAAACAAAUGGACAUUUUAUUAAAAAUCCACAAAACAUGUGACUCAUUUUUGAGUGAAAUAGUAACCUUGUAACCCUGUUAUAUCAGUCCAAGCAAAGACAAUCAUUUGUUGUUGAAAGUUAACAUGUAUCCUUUCCUGUUGGUCUUCACUGUCACUUUCUAUGACAAAAGUGAGUUCAUUAAAAAAUAAGUUUUAA